GUCGUGCCAAACAUGGAUGUCGUACAUAUCAACAGCGUUAUGCACCAUAUCGAUGGCACUUGGACUAGGAAACCUUUACAGACUUCCUCAGACCACAAUGAUAAGAGGGGGACUGCCGUUUCUAAUAGCGCAUCUGAUCCUGACCACUUUUAUAGGGCUUCCUCUUCUAUUUCUUGAACUGGGAAUAGGCCAAAUGGCACAAGAGGGGUUCAUCAAAUCUUGGAGGGCCAUACCGUUCUUCAAAGGAAUAGGAUACGUCAAAUUUCUUGCAGGAUGCAUGUUGAGUAUCUACUAUCCAUUAUUUAUGACUUUAUCUUUAUACUACGUGAUAUGGAUUUGUAAAGGCCCGAUUCCUUUUCAAGAAUGUUCUGCAGGCGUGAAGAUGACACAGGUAGGUGACCUCAAAAAAUGUUAUAUUAUGGUUACUUUGGGUUGA